AUGUCCCAUGCAAGCAAGGCGAAGGCCAAGGGCGUCAGUGCAAGCUCUUUCUUUGACCUCAAGGCCGAGCUUUCGAAGAAGGAGGCGGAAUUUGCCAAGAGUAAAGCUGCGGGGAAGAGUUUAGCUAUUGUUGGGGGCGUGAAGCGACCAGAGAAGAAACCAACUGUCUGGGCCCGCCAAAACAAAGGCGUUAAUUCACGGGCCUCGCGUGAUGUAGAGCUGGAGGCUAUAAGCAAGCCAACGUUAGAAUCCGCUCGUGCCGCGCUUGAGCGGAAGGCGAAGAUAUACGAUAAACUCAAGAAAGGAAAGACGGGUGGUUUGACUGAUAAGCAGUACGAUGCGCUUUUGGUGGAUUUUGACGCGAUGCCAAACGCGUCUUACGAGUCCGAUAGUGAAGAUGAAGAUGAAUCUUUAACUGUCCCGCGACCGCCAAAUGAUGAGCAUGAUCCUAUCAUCGAAUACGAGGAUGAGUUCGGCAGAGUACGGACUGCCCGCCGCUCGGAGGUUCCGCGCAACCUCGUUCCUGCGCUGGAGGAAGUUGACCCGGACGAAGAUAUUAUUAUUCGCAACCCUGUCAAUCAUUUCCCCGUAUAUGAGCCUUCUGCGGAAAGAGUGACGGAGAUCGAAAAGGCGUUUGCAGAGGAGAACAACCCGCUCGGAGUUCACUUCGAUGGCUCAAAAGAAAUUCGUGCGAAAGGUGCUGGGUUCUAUCAAUUUUCUGCCGACGAGGAGACGAGGAAGGCACAAAUGGAGGAGCUCAAGGCUUCCAGGGAAGAGACAGAGAGGGUGCGGCGGGGAACUGGUGCUCUUAGUUCGAAGCCAGGAGAGGUUGAAGGCAUGCACGAGGUAGAUGCGCCUGGGACUACUGGUACGAAGAGUCGAGCAAUGGAGAAACGAAAACGGGAACUAGAGGAGAGGAGGAAGUUGAUUGAAGCCAAGCGACGGAAAAUAGACGGAGGCGUAGACAUGCUCGCCGCCAACAUGGCGGGCUCGUCCACAGAACCAACAGUCCCAGGACCGUCAACAAGUGCAGUGUCAUUUCCUGUACCGAAUGACCCCUUCGCUGCUCUUGAGGCUCAAAGCUCCACCUCAAAAGCGAAAGACAGUGGCAAGACCUCUCUCCCCGAUGCACAUGCCGCCCCCGUUCUUGAAGCCGAUGCAUUUCUUUCGCAACUGGAGGAAGUUUUUCUCGGAUCAAUGAAGAAGAACCGCUGA